AUGCCAGCGCCGGGCUGCUGCUCCUCCUGCCUGGUGCCCAUGCUGCUGCUCCUGCUGAGCCUGGCUUGGGCGGACGGCGAAGGCAAGCCGGGCAAAGAAGGCGAGAGCCCCGGCAAUUUCAUGGAGGACGAGCAAUGGCUGUCUUCCAUCUCGCAGUACAGCGGGAAGAUCAAGCACUGGAACCGCUUCCGAGACGAUGAUUACAUCAAGAGCUGGGAGGACAAUCAACCAGUUGAUGAAGGUUUGGAUACCACCAAGGAUCCCUGUCAAAAGGUUAAAUGCAGUCGCCACAAGGUGUGCAUUGCCCAGGGCUACCAGCGGGCCAUGUGCAUUAGCCGCAAAAAGCUGGAGCACAGGAUCAAGCAGCCAGCCCUGAAACCCCAUGGAAACAAGGAUAGCUUGUGCAAGCCCUGCCAUAUGACCCAGCUGGCAUCUGUUUGUGGCUCCGAUGGACACACGUACAGCUCUGUGUGUAAACUGGAGCAGCAGGGCUGCCUGACAAACAAGCAGCUGACCGUCAAAUGUGAGGGACCAUGUCCAUGUGCAAGUGACCAUAGUCCUACCUCAGCCACAGAUGGCAAACAAGAAACAUGCACUGGACAAGACUUGGCGGACUUAGGGGAUCGCCUGCGUGACUGGUUCCAACUUUUGCAUGAGAAUGCCAAGCAGAACAGCUCCGGAAGCACAGGAACCAAUCCAGUGAAUGUGCUGGACAAGAGCCUGGUGGCCAGUUGCAAAGACUCCAUUGGCUGGAUGUUUUCCAAGCUAGACACCAACAGCGACCUUUUCCUGGACCAGACCGAGUUGGCAGCCAUCAACCUGGACAAAUACGAGAUAUGCAUCCGGCCUUUCUUCAAUUCCUGUGACACCUACAAGGACGGGCGGGUCUCCACUGCAGAGUGGUGCUUUUGCUUCUGGAGAGAGAAGCCUCCUUGCCUGGUUGAACUGGAGAGGAUUCAGAUCCAGGAAGCAGCAAAAAAGAAACCUGGGGCCUUUAUCCCCAGCUGUGAUGAAGAUGGAUACUAUCGCAAGAUGCAGUGUGACUCAAGUAGUGGAGAGUGUUGGUGUGUGGACCAUCUUGGUACAGAGCUGACGGGAACACGGAUGCAUGGGAAUCCAGACUGUGAUGAUAUUGUCGGAUUCUCGGGAGAUUUUGGGAGUGGUGUUGGAUGGGAAGACGAGGAAGAGAAAGAGACUGAAGAAGCUGGCGAGGAGGCCGAAGAGGAGGAGGGAGAAGCAGGCGAGGCAGAUGACGGCGGCUACAUCUGGUAGAAGCAACUCUAAGAGCACAGUUUGGUCAGGAUGCUGGCUGUAGGGCUGGGAGGCAGCAGUCAAAACUCAAAAGGAGAGGAACAGCUUAACAAGAUGAUCAGGAAACACAGCUGAAUGUAACUAUGGCAGAACAUGUGUGAAUGUGUGUGUGCGUGUGCUUAACUGAUUGAGCCCAUUUUCUUUACACAUGACCAUGCGGAUGAUCUGUUUUCUCCCAGCUUAGCAGAGGUCAAAAGCUGUGGCAAAGCAACAUGGGUGAAGGGAAGGACUCAGAACUGUAGGCUCAUUCGGAUAGUUAUUUGGAAAAUAUAAUUUAAUUUCUGAAUUGUUAGUAACCUAGUUUAGCUCCUUGCCAGAGUCAAGGUAUGAGAAAUACAUUUGCCUGCUCCCCAACUCCCUGCAUUUCUAGCUGUAGUAUCUAGCAAUAUCCUGCAGUAAUAGAGACAGUGUGUGAUACAUAUCUCUGUGUGUAUGUAUGUACACACAUACAUACAUAGACAUAUACACAUCCUGAUGCACUGCUGGAAUUUUGCAGUUAUGCUCUACAAACAGCCAGCAGCUCAGAUAGGUGUUCAUGAAUAUUCAUGAAAGCCAAGGAGACAUAACCAUCAGGAUUUGCCUGACAGACCAAGGGUUAGAAGCAUGCCUUUCUUUUUCAACUAAAUGUUACAUUAAGGAUCAUAUCAUACAGGAUCAGGUCACCUAUUGCUGGUUGAUCUACCAUAUCAAGGACUUUGCAGACCUGUAAGAUGUCACCUUCCUGUAAUUUUUAGGCCGAGUAUCCUAACAAUGAGUUAGAAUACACUGACUCCCAGGCCACUUCCACACAGUUGAAUAAAACCCUUUUAACUGGAAUAUGUGGCAGUGUGGACUCAGAUAACCCAGUUCAAAGCAGAUAUUGUAGGAUUUUCUGCCUUGAUAUUCUGGAUUAUACGUCUGUGUGGAAGGGCCCCCAGUCCCCUCUGAUGAGCUUGUGCCUGCUCUGGAAAGCUUGCCUUGCUUGUUAUUUGUUUUGGCAGCUAGAGCUGUAGCAUGAAUGGUUUCCUAGUUGCCUCUAAAUGCCCUAGUAGAGAUACAGAGGAGUUUCAACCCAGAAGAGAUGGAGAAGGUUGGUUAAGAAAAAGAUCCGAGUACUAAAGCUAUUGGCUAUGGGGAUCAAUUAGCAGCUCAGUUGGGCAACCCAAGACAAAAGGCCAUGGUGCCACCAUAAUAAAAAAUAAAACCAUUGCCCAUCAGUGGGGCAAACCAACCUUCCCAACAGCUUGCUUCUAGAUUCAAGAUUUGAAUUAUUUGAUGUCCUGUUGGUAGGUUUCUUGCCAGGUAUUUCCCAAAAUGUAUUCUUUCUCAAAGUGAUGGGAUUAUGUUUCUCGCCUACACAAUGUCACCCCACCACAGUACAUUUUAUAUUCUUUUUAAGAGAGAGAAUCACCCCACUUCCACUGCGUUCAGAGAUAUUUGGUACUUUGUAGACAUGUAUUCUUACCAGUGUGCAAUGGUCUGCAUUGUGACCCAGUGUGCUUUGCAUCCAGCCAUGUCCUUGUGCGGCAUAAACAAUGGUGUCCAAGUGUGUCUGCUUGUGCGCAUGUGUAGAAAGAGGGUAGCCAGUGUGACUUACAUUGAGUAUUCCAUAGCUUAUGCGACAAUUCUGGGUUAGACCCUUGUAGGCUUGAUGUACUUUGGCAUAUCCUUUAAAAUAUACAAAUAAUUGAGGGUUUUUCAAAAUGACUUAACCUCCCAGCAAGCCCUGCCACAUGUGUGCAGUGGCGACAUAACAAAGAACUCUUGUGUAGCCCACCUGUGAUAAUAAAACACGCCUCGCUGUGUUGAUCUUGCUACCUUCCUUCUUGCCCAGCCUUACUCUUUCUCUGCGUUCUAUCUAUACACUCUUUUGCACUCACGCACCUGCACUCAUGCUUCACAAGCUUUCCUAUAUUCGAUUUUUCUCCCCCUUUACUCUCCAGAGGGAGUGAUAGAUUAUGACUGAGCAAGACUUGAAGGUGUCAGGGCCAGAAGAGUGACUUUCUCAGCCUGCGUCCUACAGGACCUGCUUUUUUCUUAAGGAUUGCAAUAUAAUAUUCUCCCUCCCUCUCUCCCUUCCUCAUUUUCCUGCUGCUAAGUGUCUGUUUGCAUCUUGCUAAUACAUACUCAAGCUUCAGUUUCUGGUCCCUCCACUUUGCAAUGUCCCCCUCCUUUCUUUUUCCAUUGCCUUUGAGGUCUAUCUCCUCUCUAUCCCCUGUCUCUGUGUAUCUGGAACUGGGCAUGGACUUCUCAGUUAUGCAUGUUGAAUUGCCUGAAGUUAUAUUGUUCAAAUCACAGAAUCAACCAUUACUAAUUACACUGUUCAGAGCAACAUCCCAAAAUCAGUCACAAAUGAAGACUAUGGCCAGUUAUUCAGUGGAACCAGACAAGAUCAAUACAAGAGCUGUGUUUGGUUGUGUUGUCUUGUGGUUUAAGAUUGCUUGUCAUCCAUUCCGCCUUGACAGUGAGCCUGGAUCAGACAAUAGUAUCACUUUUCCAGAGAGUUAAGCCAGACGUGACAAGCCAUGUCCAAUGAUGUUGACUCUCUUCCUCUUGUGAAUCGUUUUUGUAGGUUAAUGUCAUUAAAAAUGAUGGUAUUGUUCCAUUAUCUGGGCAGAGGCCACUAAGGGGUGCUAGAGAGAGAAGGAUAGACCAUUUUAUGGGGGUAGAGGAUGGAUUGAAGGAGGAAAACCAUUACCCCUUAUUUUCUUGUUAUUCCCCCCACCCAUGUUUCCGUCAGGGGACUCAGAGCAGAUUACAGAAUAUAAACAGACACAGGCAAACAUUCAAUACCUUUUUACAAUGAAAUAUAAUGAGACACAAAUGCACAAACAAAGGCAAAGGCUUCUCCUCUCAUUUCUGGUUCUGGAGGCCGUGCCUACGUUGUCCAUAGACACCUCCUGGUUGUGUGGCCAGCAUGACUGCUUGGAGCGUCUUUUUGCCCUUUCCCCCAAAAGCGGUACCUAUUUAUUCACAUUUGCAUGUUUUUGAACUGCUAGGUUGGCAGGAGAUAGGUCUUAUGGCAAGAGCUCAGCCUGUCCCAUGGAUUUGAACUGCCAACCUUCAGGUCAGCUGUUCAGCAGCACAAGGGUUUAACUCACUGCGCCACUGCAGCCCUGCAUAAACAACCCUAUAUUAUAUUGGAAGGGGUUGGGGGAAUAACCAGUGAAAACAGGGGAAAUUGUUUUCCACCUUCAAAGUCCCCCUGUAAAAUAAAUUAUCCUUCUCUCACUAGUGCCCCCUAGUGGCCUCCGCUCAGAUAAUGGAACAGUACCAAAAUGAUUUUAAAAUGUAUCUGCUCAAAAAUAUGAUCAGCCAUGAUGCUGGACAGGUGAGAUUGGAAACGUUGCUUUAAAAGAAAUUUAUCCAUUGAUGUUCCUUGUGGCAGAAAAGCAAGCCAUUGUUUUAAUAACAUCUUGCUAAAAUGUUGCCUUUGGUUUUUGUAUUUCUCAUGAAGAUCACUUAAAAAUACCAAAAAAAGAGAAUCUCCAAAAAUACAAUUUUGAAAUAAUGAAUAAAUGAGAAUCCUUGCUAUAUGUAUUUCUACAGCAUAUGAACAUUAAAGUGGUAUUGUCAGCUAUUGCUACUUGAAAAAAAGCAACAGGCAAGUAGCCAGAAACAAUGUGUUGUCGAAGGCUUUUAGGGCCGGAAUCACUAGGUUGCUGUGAGUUUUCCGGGCUGUAUGGCCAUGUUCCAGAAGCAUUCUGUCCUCAGGAGCGAAUUCUUCUGGAACAUGGCCAUACAGCCCAGAAAAUUCACAGCAACCCAGCGAGAAACCAUGUUUCUUCUAAACUGUGGAAAUACAUAUAACUACCAUGGGAAAUGAUGACUGUAUAUUACAGUACUGUGAUCAACCUUUUCUUUUAAAAAAAGACUCAUUUUGUUUGGCUUUGUCUACUCAGGACGCAACUGUGGGAAUAAAGGUGCUCACUCUAGAAAACAAGCAGUGCUCUUUAAAAUUAAAACCAGAAAGACCUAUUGUUUACAUAUAACCUAGAAUUCUGUAUCAGCUUAUUCAUUAAUUAAGUAACCUCUCCUAGCUUGAUGUUGUUUGUCCAUUGUCUCCCGUCCUGUCCCGCCGUCCAUCCCUCUACACACAUCAUGUCAAAAAUAUCAUUUGCCAAUGCUCCAAUUGCCUGCAGAAUGGACCUCCUUCUCUCCAUUCGGCUGAUGUCCAGUGAAAUCAGUGUUGGGGGUAUGGUUUUGGGAACAACUUCUCAAUUGUGACUAUGAGCCCUUCCACACAGCCCUAUAUCGCAGAAUAUCAAGGCAGAAAAUCCCACAAUAUCUGCUUUGAACUGGGUUAUCUGAGUCAGAUAAUGUGGGAUUUUCUGCCUUGAUAUUCUGAGAUAUAGGGCUGUGUGGAAGGGCCUUGAGUAGUGAUCAUCAAUAUGGAACAGUUAACUAGUUUUACUCAUUAGUAAGUGCCCCAUAUUCAUGAUCACUGUUAAUCACUAUUGCGACAGUAUUACCACAAAUAGCUCUCCUCCACCUAUUUGAGUGGGCAUCAGCUGCACAUAUUCUUAUUAAAGUAUCUGCCCCUUUGCCACUCCCGAACCUUUUUGCUCUGGAUCAGCCAUGAGACAUAUGGAGGGAUUUCUUCAAAACAUCCCAGAAGCCCUCUGAGUAUAGCAGGUCUCACAUAUCUGUGAUUCCCUGGUAGAGGAAGAGGAGUCACCUGUCCAUGCCUUUAAUUAAGAUGAAUUAAUCCUAAUUCCAAACACGCCUCUCUCCUUUCUUCCAACCAACAAGCCAGUCUGAACUUGCUUUUAAGGAAGCCGUACUUCGCACCCACCUUUCACAGUCCCUUCCUUUUCGCAGCUUUGCUUUUGUUAGCAUCACGCCAUCAUCAGAUGGGAAGGGGGCAAGAACUGUCUAACCAGUCAAGGAAUUCAACACCACACAUGGCUUGUGUUGGAAAAAGCAAAAAGGAUUCUCCUCCCCAAGGGAAUGCACAGAGCUAUCAUCACAUAUUCAGAUCCACAUAUAGAGCUUGCUUUGACACCUGUUUUUGGCAUCUUUGUGCAGGCCAAUUAGAUUAGGAGACGUGAUAGGAUAGGCACUGUCUUAUCAUACGAUUACAAUUGAUCAGAUUAGAAGACAGGAAUUUUAGAACAUCACACUGCACUGCCGUGAAGCCUACAGUGUGUUUGUGUUUUUUAAAAAAGAUAACAUUCAAAGAACCAGAACUUGGAAAUGUUAUUUUUGGACAAUAUGGAUCAUGCUGAAUGGCUGUUUCAGUUGUCUAAAAAAGUACAUUUUUCAAGCUCUGAUAUGAAUAAACGGCUUAAUCCAAGGCAUGAAUGGACAACAUGUGGCUCUGUAGAUACUGUUCAAUUGCCAUUCCCAUAAGUCUAUCCUACUGACGAGGGCUGAUGAAGGUUGCAGUGCCACACCUUUGCAAGGCUCAUUAGUUUGCCAGCCUUUAAUGCUAGGCUGAAACGUAUUUGGGUUUGAAUUUGUUUAAAUGUGAGGGAAAGGGCAGUCUCCUUGGCAGAAGCUAGGGCUGACAGUCAGGAACUCACCCUGACUUGCAGCUUUGAACUGCUAACAUUCUGGUCAGCAGAUUUUCUGCAGCUAGUGGUUUAACCUGCUGUGCUACCACAGCCCUAAGCUUGCUUAUAUAUAUAUAUAUAUAUACAGUAGAGUCUCGCUUAUCCAACGUAAAUGGGCUAGCAGAACGUUGGAUAAGCAAAUAUGUUGGAUAAUAAGGAGAGAUUAAGGAAAAGCCUAUUAAACAUCAAAUAAAGUUAUGGUUUUACAAAUUAAGCACCAAAACAUCAUGUAAUACAACAAAUUUGACAGAAAAAGUAGUUCAAUACACACUAAUGGUAUGUAGUAAUUACUGUAUUUAAGAAUUUAGCACCAAAAUAUCAUGAUAUAUUGAAAACAUUGACUACAAAAAUGCGUUGGAUAAUCCAGAAUAUUGGAUAAGCGAGUGUUGGAUAAGUGAGACUCUACACACACACACACACAUACACACACACACACACUGGAGUUACUUUAAAAUUAGAUUGUAGUCUUCAUCCAUUCUUGUCUACUUCAUAAUUUUUAGGGUUACACACUCAUACGUUUUCAUUUUUCAGUGUAUGCUUACAAGCGUGAACAGUACAACCUUUAUGUAUGGAUUCACUAUCCAUAGUUUCACUUAUCCACAUUCCAAAAAAAUAUUAUUCCAUGGAAGUGUUUGUGGACCUAUAGCAGUGGUUCUCAAACUGUGGAUCCCCAGAUGUUUUGGCCUUCAACUCCCAGAAAUCCUAACAGCAGGUAAACUGGGAACACAGUUGAGAACAGGUUGAGAACCUUGUCUAAUGCAAUUCUAUAGUAUUUCCAGCCCUAGUGUAAUCCAAAUAUAGGGUUCGCUGUUACCUAUAAUUACACAUGUCAACAUGUGUUGGCAGCAGCUCCUUGUUUCGGGGCAUUCAACCAACACCAAACCAAGACUUGCAUCUGCAUUACAUAUGAAUUAGCCCUACCGAUUUGAUCCUUGUAGCCUUUAGUCAGAAAAUCCUUUGGUAAAAAAAAAAAUCUUUCUGUUACUUUGGGCUUUGAGGAUCAAGCGUGUCUGAUUCAAUUCUCUGCUUAGAGUAUCACAAGCUUUCUCAGGCCUUAGAUCAAGGAGAAAAUACCUCUCACUAGAACAUCCUUUCUGACUCACUACGCAGGCAUAAGUAGACUUAUAUGGAAGCAAUGUUGGUUAUCUUUAGCUGACUAUAAAACACCAGUUGCAUCCUGCUCCCCAGGAAUUCCUUCCCUUGAUCCACAUCCAUUCUGGCUGGUCUUUGGAAGAGAAUGGAUCCAGGGCACAACUAAAAAGUUUGAAGGUCAAGGAAAGAAGGUCUUCGAUGACUUUCUGAGUCCAUUCAUCUGUCACUAGUCAUAUUCCAUGAUGUUUCUCCCAAAGCUCUUGACUUUAUUUUUAAGCCUGGAGAACAGAUUGUAGUUCUCACGCCCCUUGAACCCAAAAUGGAGCGGAUGUUGUUGGAAACUCACCCUCCUUUAUACCUGGCCUGGCUUUUCCAGAUUUUAUGAAUCUGGGUGCACCUAUUGUAAAAAAAAAAAAAAAAAAAGAGCUGGUUUGAGGAUUGCAACUUAAGGCUACAAUCCUCUAAACACCAUGAGAAGCAAAUUCAGGUGAGAAUGACAUGUCUGUUCUCCUAAGACCAGAUCUAGGGCCCUUCCACAUGACCCUAUAUCCCAGAAUAUCAAGGCAGAAAAUCCCACAUUAUCUGCUUUGAAUUGGAAUAUAUGUGCCCCUGGUGGCACAGUGCAUUAAAGCGCUGAGCUGCUGAACUUGCGGACCAAAAGGUCCCAGGUUCAAAUCCAGAGAGCGGAAUGAGCGCCCGCUGUUAGCCCCAGCUCCUGCCAACCUAGCAGUUCGAAAACAUGCAAAUGUGAUAUAUUAAUAGGUACCGCUCCAGCGGGAAGGUAACUGCACUCCAUGCAGUCAUGACGGCCACAUGACCUUGGAGAUGUCUAUGGAUGACGCCGGCUCUUCGGCUUAGAAAUGGAGAUGAGCACCAACCCCCAGAGUCGGUCACGACUGGACUUAACGUCAGGGGAAACCUUUACCUUUACUAUAUGGCAGUGUGGACUCAACUAACCCACUUCAAAGCAGAUAUUGUGGGAUUUUCUGCCUUGAUAUUCAGGGAUAUAGGGCUGUGUGGAAGGGCCCUGAAUCUUAUGAAACAGCUUGUAAACCAGGACAAGAUAGCAUAUUGUGAUCUGCAUUAAGAAAAAUAGAGCUUUGCCUGUUCAAUAGGUCCCAGAUAAGAUAUGGAUUCAGCUCCCAUCCCAAUCUUCCUCUAGAGCAAAAGCCUCUCCAGGUGGAUUUCUUAGAGCUUGGCUACCAUAUUAGCUGUGGGAUUUUGGGGGUUGUUAUGCCAAGAAGUAACAAUUCUGAGCUCUAGGAUUUCCCAUGCUGUAUGAAGGGAGUUAUAUUUAGGAUGAGACUGUAGGGUUCACAAAUGUGCUGCUUUGUAAUCUUUGGCAAAAACGUGUAUAUAUCUUCCUCACCUUUGCUUCAAUACCUUAAAUAGAUCAUUUCUUCUCACUCCUGUCAUGAGCCUCCAAAUCUCCUUGCUCACCACAAGCAAAAUCUGUCCAUUCCAAUCUGUUCAUUAACUUCUUCUCCUCUCUACUGAACCUCAGCUCAGUAUUGAUGGUAAGACUGUGUAUAUUUAAAGAGUAGUAGAAGAAGAAACACCAGUGGAUAGCUUAUUUUAAAAGGGUUGAAAUAAGUUGUUUGGGCGUUUUUCUUUGAAAUGAAUAACAGCAUUAUAUGCUUAAUAAAUCGGAACUGAGAGAGAAGCAAACCUGCCUAUAUAGCCUGAAAACAUAUUUUAAGAAAAGUCUUAUGUGCAAUAAUAACUUUGAAACUUUUAGAGUUAAAAAUCGUGUUCAAGUGCUUCGAUUUCAGUUUGUAUAUUUAAGUGCUGCAAUUGUAUCUCAGUAAUUAUAGAUGUUUAAGACAAAACAAAAAGCCCCCUCCCCCCAAGUGUUAGAAUGUAUGUGUGCAUUACGGCGGGCGCUAGAAUACCCCAGUGCAAUCCUGCCAAAGCAAACAGCCCCUGAAACUCUUUCGGAGCGUUAAGUGUUUCCUAAAAAUCUAUCCCAGGGAAACCAAGAUGAGACUUAAAAGAGCUCAUGUUUGGCGGGAUCUUGCCCCGAGCGUUCCCCCCCCCCCUUCCUAGGGCCCUUCCUGUACCUUUCUCCCACCUGUGGCACUCUUGUACUGCUUCCCUUUGGCUUCCUGGGAAAUUUGUUUCACAUUGUUGGUCUCUGCCUAAUAAUUUAACUUACUUAACCUAAGGAAAUGAGUACACACAUACACCGUCCCAAGAAAUGAAAUACUGCAUUAUUUUUAAAAAAGAAAUAAACGUUUAUAAACAUA